AUGAGUUUCAAAGGUUUUACCAAAGCCGUGGCCAGAGCGCCCCAGAACUUCCGGCAAAAGUUCAACAUGGGCCAGCACACCGAAGACGCCGUCUACGAGGACGCCGAGCGUCGGUUCAAGGAGCUCGAGGACGAGACCAAAAAACUCAGCGACGAGUCCAAGCGGUACUUCACCGCGGUCAACGACAUGCUCAAGCACCAGAUCGGGUUUGCCAAAGCCAUGGAGGAAAUUUUCAAGCCCAUUAGCGGCAAAAUGAGUGAUCCCAACGCGUCGGUGCCCGAGGACAAUCCAGAGGGCAUCGAGGCCAGUGAGUCGUAUCGUGCGCUUGUAGCAGAUCUGCAAACCAUGUUGAAGCCGGACUUGGACCUCAUCGACGAGAAAAUCGUCAAGCCCUCGCAGGAACUGCUCAAAGUGAUCAAUUACAUCCGCAAAAUGGCCACCAAGCGUAACCACAAGAAACUGGACCUCGACCGCCAUCUCAACACCUUGCACAAGUACGAGACCAAGAAAGAGCCCAGUGCUAAAGACGAAGAGCGCUCCUACAAGGCUCAAAGCCAGGUCGAAGUUGCGCAACAGGAGUACGACUAUUACAACGAAAUGCUCAAAAACGAACUCCCCAUUCUGUUCCAAUUGGAGGCAGAAUUCGUCAAGCCUCUGUUCGUGUCGUUCUACUACAUGCAGCUCAACAUCUUCUACUCGCUUUACAAUCGCAUGCAAGACAUGAAAAUCCCAUACUUCGACCUCACUUCCGACAUUCAGGAAGCGUUUUACGCCAAGCGAGGCAAUAUAGAAGAGCAAACUGACUCCUUGACCAUCACACACUUCAAAGUUGGUUACGGUAAGGCUAAGCUCGAGAUGACCAGGAGACGUUUGGGAUCCCAAUCACCCCCACAAUCACCCGUCACCCCUACCUCGCCUCUUGCGGGCUAUUCCCAGCCCGGCUAUUCCCAGCCCGGCUAUCCUCAGCCCGGCUAUUCCCAGCCAACAAGUCCCGUCAGUGCCCCCGGCUUCACGCCCUACGGACAGCACCCCGCUGCGGCUUCUGCAUACGAGAAGCAGCAGCCCGGCUUGGCCGCAGUGUCCACCGGUUACAGUACCCAAGCGGCCGCACCUCCUCCGUACGCGCAAAACGCCGCUGCAACGGGCUACGGCCAACAGCCAGCAUACCCAACGCAGCAACAGCCGCCUGCUGCUGCUGAGUAUCCGGCAUACGGUGCCCCUGCGGCCGCGUAUCCGCCAGGCACGGCUUCUACAAUGGCGGCUUCUACGAUGGCGGCCUCCACGCCUCCCACGACGGCGCCUGCCACGGGAAUUCAUGCUCCUGGCCAAGAAACGGUCACCGCUCUUUACGAAUAUCAAGCGCAAGCUGAUGGCGAUCUGACGUUUCCUGCGGGAGCCGUCAUAGAGGUUGUAGAACGCACUGCGGACGUAAACGGAUGGUGGACGGGCCGUUACAAUGGUGCACAAGGUCUUUUCCCGGGCAAUUACGUGCAAUUGAACAAAUAG